AAACUAAUUGCUUGUUUAUUAUCACAAGAUUUUUGUUUCUUUCUCCAAAGAUUUAUCAACAAAACCCUCCCUUUUCCACUCUAAUGCUACAACCCACUUCCGUAUUUCUCUUCUUUUCCAUUCCGCUAACUCUCUCAGGUGCUGGAACUGGAAAUUUAAGCCAUUUGGAAAUCUAGUUUAUUGGUAUAUAAAAUUGAACUUACCUUUGAUAUUUGACUAUUACCAGUAUAAGAUUAAGAUGGCGACUUUUAUCACGCCUUCUGAUACCAGAGUAAUAGGCGUUUUGACUGGUUUUGGAGCGAGAGUAUCUGUGGACAAUCACUUGGGAAGAGUUAAUUGUUUGAAGCUGUCUGAUAACAGGAAUGGAUUUCGCCAUAAAUCAAGUUUGUCUCAGUUUAAAUGUUCAGCAAACUCACAAAAUGUCAGUUCAUAUCACAGUAAAGACCCUUUUCUUAAUCUACACCCAGAAGUUUCAAUGCUUAGAGGAGAGGGGAACAAUACAAUAAGCAACCCGAGGCAGGAUAAUUCUAGUGGAAGUGUCCCUGAGACCCUUGGAAACGCUUCUUGUCCAAGUAAUUUUAAUGAAGCUAAGAUCAAAGUUAUUGGGGUUGGUGGUGGUGGAUCAAAUGCAGUUAAUCGCAUGAUAGAGAGUGCAAUGAAGGGUGUGGAGUUCUGGAUUGUCAACACUGAUGUCCAGGCCAUGCGGAUGUCACCUGUUUUUCCUGAGAACCGCUUACAAAUUGGUCAAGAGUUAACAAGGGGUCUUGGAGCCGGUGGAAACCCGGAGAUUGGUAUGAAUGCUGCCAAAGAAAGCAAAGAAUCUGUAGAAGAGGCACUUUAUGGUUCUGACAUGGUCUUUGUUACGGCAGGAAUGGGUGGAGGAACUGGUACUGGUGGGGCUCCUGUGAUUGCAGGAGUUGCAAAGUCAAUGGGUAUAUUGACUGUCGGUAUUGUUACAACCCCUUUUUCUUUUGAGGGAAGAAGAAGGGCAGUUCAAGCCCAGGAAGGAAUUGCAGCUCUGAGAGAUAAUGUUGACACACUUAUUGUCAUUCCAAAUGACAAGUUAUUAACUGCAGUUUCCCCGUCUACACCAGUAACUGAGGCAUUUAAUUUGGCUGAUGAUAUUCUUCGACAAGGGGUUCGUGGUAUCUCAGAUAUAAUCACAAUUCCAGGGCUAGUAAAUGUGGAUUUUGCCGAUGUACGAGCUAUAAUGGCAAAUGCAGGUUCUUCAUUGAUGGGGAUAGGAACUGCAACUGGGAAGACGCGAGCUAGAGAUGCUGCAUUAAAUGCCAUUCAAUCGCCUUUGCUAGAUAUUGGUAUAGAAAGGGCUACUGGAAUUGUGUGGAACAUUACUGGUGGAAGUGAUUUGACCUUGUUUGAGGUAAAUGCUGCAGCUGAGGUUAUUUAUGACCUUGUGGAUCCAACUGCCAAUUUGAUAUUUGGAGCAGUGAUAGAUCCUUCACUCAGUGGUCAAGUAAGUAUAACUUUAAUUGCUACCGGUUUCAAACGCCAAGAAGAAAGUGAAGGGAGGCCUCUCCAGAUGCAGGCAAGUCAGCUAGCACAGGGAGAUGUCCCCUUUGGAAUAAAUAGGCGACCUUCAUCUUUUGCUGAAGGUGGUUCUGUGGAGAUCCCCGAGUUCCUGAAAAGGAAAGGGCGGUCACGCUAUCCAAGGGCUUGAAUCCUUUUGUUUCAUAUAUAUAUAUAUAUAUAUAUAUAUAUCCGCGAUGGUCUGCCCUUUUUAGUAUAACACACUAGUCUCUGAGUAGUUUAUAGCUCUCAGAUAGCUUGUCCAGUUGUUUGCAGUAUAGCAUUUGGUGCUAGGUUCUUUUUAUUCGCUUUAUAUAACUAACCACUAUAAAAAUCUUUGUUAUAUUCCUUCCCUAAUAUUUCAAUAAGUUUGAGAAAUUUUCAAGUUGUCGAAUAAGUUGCUGAGCUUGUACAUAUGCAGCUGAAGAAGAGAUAAAACUCGCGUGCUUGAAGCAUUCAUGUUUGAACUUUGAAGAUGAAUUUUUUAGAGAGAUGUUUUUUAUACCAAUUCCUUAUACAUGAUAUGAUUAUGAACA